UUUGGAUAUCUGCCUAAAAUUCUCAAUUUUCAUUUCUCUCUCUCCUCUUUGAGUUCAGACCGACCUCCAUUCCAUUCACACUCAGAGAUGCAUGUAUUCAUCAUAGCAUGUAACCGCGGAGACCGAGUCGCUCGCGGGUAGCUAUCUAUCUAUCUCCCUCCGCCUCAAAAUCCUGCUCCCAAAUCUCAUCUCCCUUCCUAUUAGGUCGGAUUUCAACUUCCAUCAUUUCCUCACCACCAUCUCGCUUUUCUUCUAUUUUUACAGCUCGGAAGUCUAUUUCCUCCUUCAUUUUUUCAAACCUGCAAUCGAAAAAAUCCCUUCUUUUUUUUUUUUUUGCUUCCAACUGAAUCUAUGCGCCUUCGUUAAUUCGUAUGUCUCGCUCUGCACAUGGCCGGUUUUAGCUCUGCUUUUCUCUCUCAGAAGCUCGUUUUUUUCGUCCACGCGGUUUCUGUGUAUCUGCGCCCGCUCUUCCUCUUCAUCUCCGCCUACGUCUUGAGGUUUCAGGGAGACGGGAGUAGUUCGUUAAACAAGAGCGGGAAGGAAAUAGAUUUCGUUGAAACGGAGAGGCUGGAUUCUUCAGAGCUCAAAGAUGAGAUUAAUGGCGACGAGUGCGGAGUUUUCGAUGAUGGUGUGGUGGAGGAGGAGAAGCCGGUGGUUUAUUUGAAAUUCAAGUUUCCGACAUACGAUGAAUUUAGCCGACUCCAGACGGAAACAGGUAAUGUAUUAAAUUCCGAGGUGGUCCCUUCUGCAGCUGUAAGCAGAUAUCAGUUCUCAUCUGGAAAGAGCUGCGUCAGCGCUUUUAUUGAAGAAGCAGAGACUUUCCCGGUGGAGGCGGGUGAAAUCGACUGCUCAUUUGAGAAAACAGAGGCUUUUGAUGGUGGGAAAUUGGCUGAGGAUUUUGACCAAACAGGUUGCGUUCAUGAUAAAGGCAAAGAAAUUGAGAUAAGCGGUGGAGACGAAGGUGAGACAAUUGAGGAAGAAGGGUUUAGAGAGAAGCCGCAAAUAAUUGAAGAAUGUCGAUUAGAUUCCGAGAAAAACUCUGUGGUUAUGGAUUCUGAUUCAGAGUCGACUAGUUUUGAUCAUAUGCGUUCAGUUAUGAGCCGCUUGGUGGAUUCUUACAGCGAUGGAUUCUUGUCGGAUGGAGAUUUUGGGGGGGAAUUUGAGAUGGAUUCAGACAGUGAAGUAUCUGGUUUCGAAGAAAACGAUGAAUUUGUUGGUGAAGAUAGUGAUAUAAUGGAAGAGUUAAAGAAACUAGAAGAGGAUGAUAGCAAUGUAGGCAAUCUUGAUGGAUUGAAACCAGGUUUUGAUGAGAAUGUAGGUGGAUUUGUUACUGAUAAGGAUGUUGAUUCCGAGAAAUUAAGGUCUAAGGAUUCAUCAAUGUCGGGUUCUGAUGAUUCGAACAAGCUGGAGUCGUUGUGGGAGCAUCAAGAGCUCAUCGAGCAGCUGAAGAUGGAGCUGAAGAAGGUGAGGGCUACCGGCCUCCCCACCAUUCUUGAGGAAUCGGAGUCCCCUAAAAUAAGCGAGGAUUUGAAGCCGUGGAGGAUCGAUGAGUUCCAACGAGACGACUGCAUAGGCGAGCUUCAUAAGUUCUACAAGAGCUAUAGGGAGAGAAUGAGGAAAUUUGACAUCAUAAACUACCAGAAGAUGUAUGCCAUGGGAUUUCUGCAGCUAAAGGAUCCUCUGCAGUCAAUCUCGAAGCAGAAACGGCCGCCGACGCUCAAGUCGCUCGUGUCCCAAAAUCUAUGGCUAUCGAAGCACAAAAUCCAUGGGAGCGACCCGAUGAAGAAGUUUGUGAAGGAACUGCAGGGCGAUCUCGAGGCAGUGUACGUCGGGCAGAUGUGCCUCUCGUGGGAGUUCUUGCACUGGCAGUACGAGAAGGCGUGGGAUUUGUGGGACACUGAUCCCCGUUCGAGGCGGAGGUACAACGAGGUCGCCAACGAGUUCCAACAGUUCCAAGUGCUGAUGCACAGAUUCGUUGAGGAUGAGCUGUUUCAAGGGCCGAGGGUGCAGAACUAUGUCAAAACCCGCUGCGCAGUCCGCAAUCUUCUUCAAGUUCCCGUCAUACGAGAGGACAACUUGAAAGACAAGAGAAAGGCAGAGAAGAGAGACACGGAUGAAUACGUAGUAACAAGUGACAUCCUUGUGGAGAUCGUGGAGGAGUCGAUACGAACAUUCUGGCGAUUCGUCCGUGCUGACAAGGAUUGCUCGGCUGGGGCAACGAACGGGAGCAAGAAAACGCCCGAGCUUCCCGGCCACGAGGAACAUAAGUUGCUGGUGGAGAUAAGAAAAGAUCUUCAAAAGAAGGAGAGGAAGUUGAAGGAGGUGUUGAGGAGUGAGAACUGCAUUUUAAGGAGAAUCAGACGGUAUAGGGAAGAUGAUGAUUCGGACCAAGUUCUUUACUUUUUCUCUCAAGUAGAUAUGAAGUUAGUUUCUAGAGUUUUGAAUAUGUCCAAAGUGACAAGGGAGCAAUUGAUUUGGUGUCAUAACAAGCUAGCUUCAAUUAGUUUUGUGAAUAGGAAAUUACGUGUAGAGCCUGCUUUCUUGCUCUUUCCUUGCUAGGUUUUCAUUUUUUUUCCCCUCUAUUGCAAUGAUGUUUUGUCCUUGAUAUAAGGUUGUAUGGUACAUAUUAGUGAAAUCAGAAAUGAGAAAUGAGAUAUGAUAGGAUUGAUUUUUGUUGUA